ACAUUCAGUUCACCGUCGACUGUCUACCGCGACACACGCGCCGCGAACCACCCACGAAAUCCAGUCGUAAAUACACAAAAAAAUAUUUUCAUUUUUUUUUUGUGUGUCUUACGUCCUUUCAACACGCUCGACGUGCCCGCCACACAGUUGUCGACCGCUGUGAAUCAAGAGCAUGGACACCGAAGACGACGAGGAAAAUAAAUCACGUCACGGGCGUAUGGAAUUCAGGACGGACCACGAACAAAUGUAAAAAUCCGAAUAAAUCCGAUCGUAUUAAAACAACUAUGACAAUCACUCGGGUCCAGUGGGUGUGUUGCGGUAUCGUGUUGCUGGUGGCCCUGUGUUUGGGUGGCCGGCAAUACGGGACCCGGAAAAUUAGACACGACCACAAGAGCCAGGACGAGGGGACUCAACCGGACAUCGAUUUUGAGUUCGAGACGACCAAAGGGUUUCAGUUUGAAAACGGUGGAGAUUACGACGACCCAUCCGAAGAAGGGAUCACGUUGGACGUCGUCCACAGUCUGUACGAUACCAGGAAAGGCGUCGUGCCCAAUAUAGUUUAUCAAGUGAGGAUGAACUGCACGGCGGCCGUCUCGACGCUGUACAAUUAUACGAUCACCGUGAAUGGCAAACUGCUGGCUCGGGGGGGUCAACCGGCCGCCAACGGUGGCUGCAACCUACUGGAGUUUGACUGGUCGGCGACGACGGCCGACCAACAAUCUCACAAAUAUCUGACGUUUAGGUUGGAAUAUAGUACGUUAGGAGCACCGGAUACCAACCAGUUCAAAAAGAGAAUACAAAUACUAAAAGACUGCGAGCUGUACCUGUUGGCCACCGAGAUGGGUCGGCUGUCGUCCAGAGACCUGCCGCCGGCCCGCGGACAGCAGCAGCUGCAGUGCGUGGUCAGGUUCGCGCAGCGACACCACGCCCGGUUGGUGAUCGACGUGGUCAAGCUGAACGUGCCGUGCAAACGCGGCCGGCUCCAGGUGUCCGGCCACCAGCCGGUGUGCGGCAAGCUGGAGGACCUGCGCGAGCCCGACCGGCACUACGUGCUGGACGCGGGCCGUUCGCCGCCGCCGUCCGUCACGUCCACGGUGGGCCGGUACGCGUUCUCCAUCGUCUACCGGUUGGCCGCCAGCUGUUUCGACAACGACGUGGCCCAGCAGAACGGCACCGUCGUGUUCACCCCCGGUUCCGAGUGCCGGUACAAGGUCACGCAGCCGUACGGUUACCGGUUGCGGCUGCUCAUCAACUCUGUGCCGUUCGGCAAUCAGGCAGCGGACGCAGACGUGGCCGCCACCGCUGACUACGACCACGUGGCCACCACCGCCAAACCAAUGACGAUCGACACACUUCCGAUUCACCAGUCCACCACCACGUGCCCGGGAACUUUGUUCCGGCUCACCGACGGUGCGAUCGGGUGGUUCUACUGCGCGCCGGCUGACGGUCCCAGACGACAGAUGUCCAUGGUGUCGGAGACGAACGUGGUGCUGAUGGAGUCGUCGUCCGCGUCAGUGCACGUGCCGACGCUGGUGGUGACGUACCGGGCCGAACCGAUACCGGAAGUGGUGUCCCAGUGUCCGUACGGUUCGGUGUCACUCAGGGCGGGCCGGUGUCUGACCAUCGUCAACGAAUUGCUCAACUGGGAAGACGCCGAAGAGUAUUGCUCGCAAAACGGCGGUGGAGGUCACUUGGCCAGCAUAGACAGUCAUCGCACGCAAAUGCUCAUCGACACGAUAUUGAUCAAUAGCCCGAGCUACAGUGACAACGCUCCGUAUUGGAUCGGAGCUACUGACAUGAACAACGAAGGAUUUUUCAAAUGGACAGACUCGUCGCCGUUCACUUAUUCCAACUGGUAUCAAGGACACAUACACCAACCGUACAGUGGUCCGAAUUCAAAACAGCCAAACGACGACGGACUUAGUAGACAGGACUGUGUCGAACUCAGACAAGUGUACAGGCCCCAAAACCGGUUGCUCAAGUACUUUAAUCGGAAUUCGUCCUACACUUGGAACGACCGCGAUUGCUCUGUGAAAAAUCGAUUUCUAUGCCAAACGCAACAGCACACCUCUUUAAACGAUUAUGAUCCGGACGAAUCGAGCUGUAAUGUAACGAUGAAACUAACCAGCGAGAUGAGAUUCGCUUCGGUCUCGAGCCCAGGUUUCCCACAACCUUACCCUGACAACCAAGAUUGCACUUUCAGCGUAGAAGUGCCCCGAGGUUAUCAGAUUGAAGUUGAAUUCGAAGAACUCAUGUUGGAAAACGAAUCAACUUGCAGUUACGAUUACGUUGAAUUAAUUCCCGGUGACGACGACGAGGGCCCUAAACACUGUGGUGACAAGAGCGACAUACUCAAACUAACUAGGUUUGUCACGAAGAGGCCCAAGUUGAGGAUACAUUUUGUAUCAGACUAUUCGCACGCGUUCAGCGGCUUCAAGGCUCGCGUAUCCGCCGAACACGUCAACAACGAGUGUGACGACGCGAGACAGCAAAUGUUCAAUGGGUCGUGUUAUUUGUUUGCCAGUUACCCGGAAGUGUCUUGGCACACAGCCAGGAGUAUCUGCAACGGAAUCAAAGCGGAAUUGACGAGCGUUCAUAAUGCCGAGGAAGAACAGUUCGUCGAAUCUUUUAUCCGGGAGUCGACGGACAGCCGAUCCGCGAUUUAUUGGUUGGGCGGAGCGUGGAAUGACAAAUCCUGGUACUGGGUGGACAACUCGACAGAAACGUUUUCAGCUUGGUUGGCGACCGACGCCGCGAAUGCAUUGGCGUACAAGGAUAUCUGUCUCGCAAUUAGUUGGCUAUCGUCACCACCUGUAAAUCUACCCAGAGGCCUUUACUGGACGGCCAACGACUGCAACACGGUCGGAGGGUAUAUAUGUAAAAAAAAUCAAACGAAAUUAUCGGAUCAUUACAAUUUAAACACCACAAUGUCCGGCGUAAAAGGGAUAAUAACGUCGUUAAAUUAUCCGGCCAACUAUUAUCACAACUUGGACUAUUGGAUACACGUGGUCGGUCCGUACCAGUCGCGAAUCGUUUUCCAAUUUGAUUCCAUAAACAUCGAGCCUCAAGCCGAUUGCCUUUACGAUUUCGUCGCCGUGGUGGAACCGAAAGAACGUGAAAACCGAACAAUGACGGUUUGCGGUUACCGCGGAAAUCAUCUGGAAGAUUACAUCUUCGUUACCGAUUUGAAUGAGGCGUUCGUGCACUUCCAUUCGGACUACUCCGUAUCCAGUUCAGGUUUUCAUCUCCAGUGGAACACCGUCGACAUGUCCGGUUGUCCGUCGCAAACACUGUCCGCUCUCGAAGGCCAAGUCGUCAGUCCGAACUAUCCUAACUUCAUACUUCCAAAUCUCAACUGCGUCACCAUGAUACUGGCACCGGUCGGCCACCGUAUAUGGAUCGAUUUUGUCGACUACAACUUGGACGAAUCCCAAACGUUCAAGUUGUAUCUGUCGAGAACUGCGGACAAUAUAACUCCGUUUAAAUAUCGGAACUCAAUCAACGACGGUGCGUUUUUGUCGGAAGGCGAGAGCGUCAACAUCGAAUACUCAACGAACCGCUUGCCCAGGGGGAGGGGUUUCAAAAUAGCGUACAAAAUGGUGGUGGACUUUGACGAAGAACGAGCGAUCGUGCUACAGAAUGACACGUCCGGAUUCAUGUACAGGUUAAAUUAUCCGUUACCCAUGCACUUUCCCAAAUUGCGGUACAAACAGAGACUGUUGGCUUCGGUCGGGCAGAAUAUCCAAUUGCAGUUCCACCGCGUGGUGCCGGCGCAAAUGGACACCGCCUUAGGCCGUACCGUGUGCCCGGGUCAGCAGUCAACGACCGUCAUCGAAAUCCACGAUCAUUACGCCGCUGAGAACGGCACGUGGUGGCUUCUGUGUGAAAACGUCGAACAACCAAAAUCCGUGCCGAUAUCGAUCACUUCGUUUCUCAACUCGAUGUCCGUAGUCGUUGUGUACGGCCAGAAGCCGGCGAUGGAUAUGGUAUCCGCAAACAUUUCAGUGAACGUAAAACCCGAUGCCGAAUCCAAAAAGAAACUUGUCGCCUUGGCAAAGAUUCCGGAAACAGCCAACAACAGCAGGAUCGAGUCUUGCAAGCCCAACCCUUGCGUCAACGGUGGCACGUGCGUCAUCCGGAAAGCCACGCACACGUAUCACUGCAAGUGUCACGGCAACUAUACCGGAACGUUCUGUUCGCUUACCUACUGCGAUCUGGGCUAUUGCGUUUUUGGCGAAUGCAUUUUGGCCGGCAGCAACGGCUUCGAGUGCAAAUGCCAGUACGGGUACAUGGGACGGUUUUGCGACGAAAAGAUCAAACCAUGCGAGCUGAACCCGUGUAAGGACCGAGGCGAUUGUGUGUCGUUGGGCGAUUCCGACUACCAGUGCAGGUGUUACGCAUACUGGACGGGUGAUCAGUGCGAGAGGAAAAUGCUGCACAUCACGUACAAGCCGUUAACGGAACGAAUGCUUCAGGAACCAUUUUGGCUGGGUCUACUCACCGUGUUCGUGGUCAUGGGCAUACUGGGAAUAAUAUGGUGCGCUAAACGGCACGUGCCCGAAAAAAUCGAGAAAAUAUUGUCCGAAGAAGCCGAACGCAGUAGACACUUUACAGUGAAUGCUUCCGGCCGGAUGUCGAGCGUACGGGGCGAACUCCUGGUGCCAACUGUGAAGACAAACGGAGCGACGCCGUCGGAAGGUGGUAACUCGCCGCCGCCGCAGCCGAAAACUUUCCUCAGACGAUUGGGUAUACGAAAACCUUCAUUAAUGAGCCUCACCAGUCCGUUACAGACGGGCCGGACGGCUCGUACGUUCAGCCUGGACGAUUUGCUCAGGCCACAAGUUCCGAGAUUCAAUCAAUACCGCGCCAAGCAAAAAAGCGCAUCACCGUCGAAAUUUCGUACCACUAUAGCCGAUAAAUCGGAAAUACUUCAACAGCUCAUAUCACCUGGGCUCGAACGACAAGCCAGUUUCAACGACGAAAUCAACCUGGUGGACAAGCUAUCGACCAAUAACAUCGGACCCAACGACAUUGUCUUACCACAGUCGAAUAUUUCGCAAGAAACGAGUUUUUCAAACGACUGUUCCAUAGGUAAUAUACCUACACUCUGUAUUUUCAGUGGUGAAGUUGAGACCGUAAAUGAUAACGACGAAGCUGUACAAAAAAUUGAGAAGAAAGUCACGUUUGCCAGGUUGAUGAAUAAAUUUCAAUCGGAAAUGAGCUCUACGAGUUCAGAGAUAGAUCCUCACUCUAAGCGCAAUUUGAGAAGACCUUGUCCCAACCAAGGGAGUGAUUCUACGUCCAGUCUGGAAUGUGCAUUAGAGAACCGAAACCCAAAUACAUUAUCGCUAAACCAAUACCAACAACAAACGGGCCAAAAAGCCAUGAGUGCAGAUUCAAUUUUGGCCAUGUUUCGAAAUUUCAACACGGCAAUGGCGAUGACGGAAAUGAGUAAUUACUUAUCGGCAUCCACGACACCAAGUUGUUCCAGUUUGCAAGACGAAAUUGUGGGCAGCGAAGACGAGUCGUUGAUGUCAAACAAUGCUCAUUCACCAGGCGGUGGCAAAGAAUCCCCCACGCGAUAUCGUUACUCAAACGUGAUUCAACUACCGGUAGUGGACAUGUUAAGCUCGCAACGGAACAAUUCAAACAAUCCAUUGAACAGCCUGCAACAUCCUCCGUCCAUACUACUCGAAGUGCCCAACUAUCGUAUGGACUGUUUGUCGCCGAUACAUGAGCUACCGACACCGGCGCCAUCCCCAUCUCCCACGCCCAUCAUAUCGAGGAAGUCAGCGUUCAGUUGUCUGAAAGACAUGGACAACUUUCAGCAGCAGAAGGGACCACCUUCUCUCAAGGUACCAACUGAACCACCAACGGUCCAAGCUGAACAACUGACCAUACCCACACUAGUCAUUCAACAACCGACACCCAUCAAUUCACCAAGUAUGGAAUUCCCCGGGUCUCCACCGCCACACAAAGAGAAACCACUCAACCGGAAGAUGUUGAAAGACAUGGAGAAGCCGAUAUCGCUGGAUCUGCCUGCGCCACCACCGGUCAUCACCGUUACAUGUAUGAGCGAUUCAGAUACGGAGUCUGUGACCACGAAAAACGGUACGGACUCGUCAAAAAACGGAGGAGGCAUGUGUUACCUUAGUCCAUUUUCUAUGUGUUCCCGGGCCGACAGAAUAGCCUCGGAGUCGAACCUCAGCUCGUCUGGGUACAGUUCGGGCCCAUCCCGGUGCAACUCGAACACCCGGCUGUGCCCAUUGGACUGCGGCGAAGAACCAAGGCGCAUAUCACCGCUGAUCCACACGCCCGAGAUCAGGGAAAUGGACUCGGAGACGACGUUCUCCGAAAACGACGACGAGGGCUUCGACACAGAAACGGCAGACCCGAAGACGGACCACCGAACGAAACACCACUACCGGAACGCAGAACUUGAAUCGGAAACCCUGAAGCCUGGUGUGACCACCACUGGUCUCAAGGCUUACACUUCUGGCUCAGAGCCGGAAGCGCUUGGUCGUCACCUGCAGCAACAGCAGCAGCAGCAGCAGCCGGUGCCGUCAAUCACGGUUCAACAGUAUCCGUCGACACUGCACCUGUCCACGGACAUGCUGUACGAGAAGAGCCCGGUGAGUUCGAGAAGUGAAAGCCCGCUUAGUGACAAGACAGUGUUCAGGUUCUCGCCCAUGUUCUACGGCCGCAUCACCGACUCGGACAGUAUAUACGACUUUACGAGUUCGGAUUGCGCGAUGAAGAAGCGGACGGGCAAGAAGAGAGAGCGAAAGAGGAGACACUUCGGCGGUGGCGGUGGGGUAUUCGGGGGAUCCACGUGCACAACUCCGUCGGAGCCGUUGCCAUCCAACAAUGGCGUUCUGCUGUUGGACGUGCCCGGCAGGAACGAUAGAAAAAAGUCCCGAUCCAAACCGAAUACUAGGAGACGCUCUCGGUCUCAGCAGACGAUAGUACCGAGCUCUUCGUCGUCUACCGACAGCCUAAACGACACCGCUAAGGUUAGUUACGGCAAUAGGCACAAACGUUCCAACGAUUCGGUGAAGAGGAAUCUUUCGUCGGAAAAUUGGUCGGACCUCGGUAAGAGCGGCGAGGACAAGAAAACCGUUAAGAGAAAAACCAAGAGUAAUCGCACUGAAAACCGGAGACUGAGAUUUCAAAACAAGACGGUCAGCGAUCAAGGACAUUGCGAAUCCACACACGACGAAGAGAACGUUACAAACUUUGCGUCACUGCCAUCGUUGCUGUCCAUCGAUAACCACGGCGCUACAGUUCCUGCAGUCGAGACGUCCGCCAUCACGAGGAAGAAAUUCGGAUUCGUAUCAGCGAGAUUUCAAAAAAGAGUUGUCGCUUCCGAUUAGGUCUCCCAAAAAAUAAUGUUAUUUACCGCGUUGUUCUCAGAUUUUGUUUCGACAAAAGUUUCGUACAGUGGCCGUGUACGUCGUGUGCACGUCGUCCAGUACGGCUUAGGAAUUCAAACUGCCGUUCAAUUGUAUUGCGCUUAAAAUAUUAUAUAAACAUGUAUAUAUAUAUAUAUAUAUUAUUGUACGUGAGUUUUGUUUAACGUUGAGAUACUCAUCGGUUUCGGUCAAUUGCUUUUGCUUCAGAGAAAAACAUGUUUUCCGUAGAACUUGAAGUUAUAACUACAUGUACCUGUGAGUUAAAAAAAAAUUACUUAUAUUAUUGUAAAAAAAUAAUUGUUUACCUACUCGGUAAUAUUUAUUCACAAGUUUUAUAUUUGUUUUUAUCAAAAUCCUUUUUAGGGGAUAUUUCAUAUUCUGAAAUAAAAUAUUUUUCUAUUUUUUUUUUUUUAUUGUGUAUCUAAUACUACUCAAAAUGGUAUGAAUAAAAGACUACUACUUCAAUGUGUGAUACAUAAUAAUAUGUAUUACAUCAUCAAUUUUAAGAAAAAUAUUUUUCUUUAGAAUAUGAAAUUUAAAACAAUGACCAACAUUUAAAAAAUUGGAAACAAUUUAAUUUUUGUGUUACGAGAGUUCUUUAAGCAUGAUUCAUAACAGUACGCAACAAUUGACAAGGCAAAUUAGUGUCUGCAACGUUAAAAAAACACUCCGUAUCCAUAUAAGUGGUAUAGACAAUCUGAGACACGGUAUACUGGUCUCCAAUCAUAAUAAUAUUACCGAAUGACCCAUACAAAACUGUAGCAAUAAAAUAUUGUUUUUGAAAAACAGUGUAGGGUAUUACAAUAAUGUUAUAUUUAUAUAGACUAUGAAACAAAAUGCCUUACUUUUUCUAUCGCUUUUCGAUUAGUAAAAUCUGUGAUAUUUUAACGUUAAGUUUCACCGUUAUUUUGUCAGAAAAAGGCCAAUUGUUUUAAAUUAUAUAGUAUAAUAUAAUUUAUUAUACAUGAAUAUAAUAUAAUAUUAACUAAUGAUAUUGUGUUUACUAGAGUGCCUCUAUGAUUGUUGAAUUGGUGUACAAUUAUUUAUUAUUACCUACUGAAUAUAAUACUGUAUAUUAUUUAGGCUAGAGGUUCUUGCUCAUUCACUCGACUGUUAUUUAGGUAAAUCACGCUUUACUUUUGUAAUUUCUAUGAUAUUUAAUAUUAUUAAUAUAUAAUCGAUAUUAAUUAAUAUUACAUGUGUAUUUGAUAUUAUACUACUUUCUAGAUUAAAUACGAUUCUAAAUUUGAAAGAGCAUUAUAUAAUAGCGUACUAUGUUUAAGAUUAAUAUUUGAAAUGUUUAAUGAAUCGUAUAGAAUGUACCAAUUCCUAUUAUUAAAUCGGUUUAAUAACUUUUUUAAUUCUUCAUUUGCUCUAUUAAUAAUAAUAAUUACUAUAAGCAUUCUAUUUUGUCUACUAAUUACGUCUAAUAAAAACAAUUUCUAUUUUCAAUUAUAUUUAA